CCCACGAGGGUUUGUCGUCGUUGAUAGCAUAAACAAACAAGAAAGCAGUUAUGUUAUGUCUCUCUGAGAGAGGUGUCUGAAUUUGAGAAAAAAAGUCUGAGACUUUUUGCUUUGUUAGAGAGAAAGCAUGGAUCUUGUAAUUGGUGGGAAAUUUAAACUUGGCAGAAAAAUUGGCAGUGGAUCCUUUGGAGAGCUCUAUCUUGGUGUAAAUGUCCAAACUGGAGAAGAAGUUGCUGUUAAGCUGGAAUCUGUCAAGACCAAGCAUCCCCAGCUUCACUAUGAGUCCAAGUUGUAUAUGUUGCUUCAAGGAGGAAGUGGUAUUCCUAACAUCAAGUGGUAUGGAGUUGAUGGAGAAUACAAUGUGAUGGUUAUUGACCUUCUAGGUCCUAGUCUUGAAGACUUGUUUAACUACUGCAACCGAAAACUCUCUUUGAAAACCGUUCUCAUGCUUGCUGAUCAACUUAUUAACAGAGUCGAAUAUAUGCACACCAGAGGUUUCCUUCACCGUGAUAUUAAGCCUGACAACUUCCUAAUGGGCCUCGGACGCAAAGCAAAUCAGGUUUAUAUAAUUGAUUUUGGAUUGGGGAAGAAAUACAGAGACCUUCAGACUCACAGGCACAUUCCUUACAGAGAAAACAAAAACCUCACUGGAACAGCUCGGUAUGCAAGUGUCAACACACACCUUGGAGUAGAACAAAGCCGAAGAGACGAUUUGGAAGCAGUUGGUUAUGUGCUUAUGUACUUCCUCAAAGGAAGCUUACCAUGGCAGGGAUUAAAAGCUGGGACAAGGAAGCAGAAGUAUGACAGAAUAAGUGAGAAGAAAGUCUCAACUCCUAUUGAGGUCUUGUGCAGAAACCAACCGUCUGAGUUUGUUUCUUACUUCCGUUACUGCCGGUCUCUACGGUUUGAUGAUAAACCUGAUUACUCUUACCUCAAGAGGCUAUUCCGUGACUUGUUUAUCCGAGAAGGUUAUCAGUUUGAUUAUAUAUUUGACUGGACAGUUCUGAAGCAGCAUCCACAAACUGAUUCCACCUCCAGUUCUAGUUCCAGAACACGGGAUCAUACAACUGCAAAACCGGAGUUAACCACUGAAAAACCAGAGAGAACUGGUAGCAAUAGGUUAUCAGGAGCGGUUGAAGCUUUCUCAAGAAGACAUGUAACACCACGUGAUCGCUCUACAUCAAGAAACUCUGACGACGUGCCUGUGAGUGGUGGUGAGUCAGAGAGAAGAGGCAGUUCGUCAAGAAACGGAAGCUCUUCAAGGAGAGCAAUAGCUUCAAGCUCUCGUCCAAGUUCUACUGGAGGAACGAGGAGUGAUAGCAGAUCCUCUAGCCGUUUGGUGACUUCAAGCAGCGGUGAUGGAAAGGCCUCAACGAGCCAGAGAAUGCAAGGAGGAGGAGGAUAUGAUUCAAAGAAGAGUUCGACUCUUUCACGUGGUGCUAUAAACACAAGGGAAGAUCCUUUAAGGAGGAGCUUCGAGCUUCUCUCCCUUCGUAAAUCAUGACAACUUUGUAAAAUAAAGAGAUUUAUAUAUACAAACGAAGAUAAGUUAAACUUGAAGAGAAUCUGUGUUUGAGAUAUAUAGUACAAACGAUUCAUAUACUGUAAAACAGUUGUUUUUGUUGGUUAUGACACUAUUGGCAUAUAGAUAUGUAUAGAAUGCAAAUCAAGGAGUAGAAGUGUGUAAGAACAGUCUUUAUACAAACAAAAACUAGCCUAAGGACUA